AUGAAGUCGCCACCCCCUAGGUCAAGAAAGUCACCAGUAAUGGGAGCCUUAGAUAAUUUUGAUAAGGACUGCGUACGUCGGGAGAUAAUGGCUUUCUAUGAAAGAGAUGUGGUAAAGCAGCACAAGUACCUCCAGGAGUAUGAAAUUGACAAAAUCGCUAGAGAUGCUGGCCAUGAGGUACUCAGACUUCCUCCUUAUCACUAUGAGUUCAACCCGAUAGAAUGGAUUUGGGCACAAGUAAAAAAUGAGGUUAAGAAAUGUAAUUCAAAUCCCAAUCAGACUUUGACAAAUGUUGAACGUAUAACUAAACGUGCAAUAGACAGAGUAACAGCAGAGGACUGGAAGUCAUGUAUGCGUCAUGCAAGAGAAGUGGAGGAUAUUUAUAGGAAAAGGGAUAUUGCACGUGACCAUCUAACGGAGAAAUUGAUUAUAAACAUCACCAGUGACAGUGAGGAGUCGGAAAGCGAUGCUGAAUGA